GUUAGAUCAACAUUGUCUAGUGCCUUCACCGACAUUUCAUUACAAACAUGAAAACCAUUAUUGCAUUAUCUCUUUUGGCGGUCGCUCUCGCCGCUCCUCAAGGACAAGAGCCUAUCGCCAUCCUCCGUCAGGACAGCAACAUCAACCCGGAUGGUUCAUUCCAGUACUCCUACGAAACCGCCAACGGCAUCUCUGCUAAUACCAACGGUGCCUUGAGAAACAUUGGUGCUGAAGAGCCUGCCCUCCAAAUUCAAGGGGAUGUGAGCUAUACUAGCGACGAUGGUACCCCCAUCCAGCUGACCUACACGGCCGAUGAGAACGGUUUCCAACCACAGGGCGCCCACUUACCCACCCCUCCCCCAGUCCCGGCUGACAUCCAACGCGCUCUCGCCUAUCUUGCAACAGCUCCACCCCAACCACAACAAUAAACUCCCUACUUCCUAGUUAGUAAAAGUGAUGUCAACGGAGGGAUUUUACAAUCAGUAAUGUUGCCCUAGUAUUUUGAAGUGAUAUAUUUAAUAACUUUGUAUAUAAUAAUGACUUUUUAUACUGUUUA